AUGUUGGAUGUGUUGAUCAUCGGUGGUGGUCCUCACGCCUUGACCCUGGCCAGCCUCCUGUCCCGCUCACACCCUGACCCUGGACUGGAAGAAGGUCCUCCUGCGUCCUGCAGGGAACCUCCGAGACUUGACUUGAAGGAGGAAACACACCACAAGACCAAGAGGAAGGUAACACACGGACACGAGUCGCUGGAGGCGAGUCUGGCCAAGUCCACGCCAGGUGAUGAUGAUGUCAUCACGCCAGGUGAUGAUGAUGUCAUCAGCCUCCUGGUGGUAGACAGUUAUGGCCGCUGGACGUCUUUGUGGAGCAGUCAGUUCUCUGCUCUCAACAUCCCUCACCUGCGCUCACACACUCUGGUGCACACUGACCCACUCAACAAGAUGGCGCUGCAGGAGUUUGCGUUGAAGAACAAUCGCUCGGCCGAACUCCACAGUCUUCCCGAGCAGGUGUUCAUCCUGGACGAAAACACUUUCUUCAACGACACGCCGCUCGGCAAGAAGGAGAGGAAACGUCUGAAGGUCACCUUCACACUCCAGAAGAACAUGUUCCUCAGUCUGCCAGGGACCAAACUCACUGUGGACUUCUUUCAAGACCAGGUGCAGCGAUACGACCUGGACAAGUUCCUGGUGAAGGGAAGUGUGACUCGCAUACUUCCUGUGACCCAAGAAGCCGAGAAGGAAGACAAAAAAGGAGGCGGGGCAAGACGAGUGACACAUUUUCAAGUCCACUUUCAAGACGGCGCCAUGCGACAAGCCCGACGUGUCGUCAUGGCAACGGGCCCCACCCGGGCCCAGAUGGCCAACAUUCCGUCGUGGGUCACGGACCUGGAGGAGAAGUUUCCAGAAGGACGCCUGCAGCACACGGUGCGCCUCAUGCACUUUCUGUCCGCUCAGCAAGACCACGGAGACGUGACAGGAAGUAAGACCACGCCAAACACAACACCUUCACAAUAAAAGGCUAACUAUGAAUGAGCGGGUGUGUGUGGAGGCGUGUGUGAGCCAGGUCACAGGGUCAUGGUGGUGGGCGGAGGGCUGACCAGCGCCCACGUGGUCGCCAUGGCGCUGCAGCGAGGCGCCAGUCAUGUGACCUGGGUGAUGCGGAAGCACCUGCAGCUGAGGCAGUUUGACGCGGGUGACGUGGAAGGUCUGCUGGGCCGCUACUCGCACCUGGACCACGGCGUCAAGAUGGACGCCCGAGCACACCUGAGACAGUUCUACCAGCAGAGGAGUCUUCACGCACGCCUGGCUAUGAUUGGUCAGGCCAGGAAGGGAGGGGCCGUCACCCCGCAGGCCUACAUGCACCUGAGACCUUUUAUUCUGAAAGGACAGGUGGAAGUCAGGUCUUACUGUCAGGUGUUGGAUGCCAGCUGGUGCUACAAGAAGCAGGAGUGGAGACUUCAUGUGAGCAGUGGAGAUGAUUGGACAGGAGACAUGAUUUGGUUGGCCACUGGAUGUAAGCUGGAUGUCAGACAAGAUCCUCUGCUCUCUGACGUCAUGAGCAUCUUCCCUAUCCAGGUGCUGGAUGGAUGGCCGUGUAUCUCUGAGAGCCUGCAGUGGACGGAGGGCUGUCCCCUCUACCUGAUGGGACAGUACACGGCUCUGCAGAUUGGAGCCCAUGCGGUGAACCUGGCAGGUGGACAAGCAGCCAGCAUGAGGAUUGCCAGAGACAUCCAGCAACAUCACAACAACAAGAAGAAGAAGAAGGAGGAGGAAAGUCAUCUGAGUGCAAGAAGAUUGACAAGUGAAGAAUACAUUCAGCAAAUGCACGGACUUUUAUGGUUAUAACUGCGACCUCAAAUACAAAAUAUAAUGUUUAAAUACGAUGAGCUUUGACAUCAGUCAC